AUCUCUUCAGAUCUUUCCCGGAACUUUUUUCAUCAGCUAACGUAGGUCGGUUUGUAAACCACUAAAAUUGGACGUAAGGAGCUUCCGUAGCCAGGAAAGGUUACUGCGCUUGCGUGGUGCGGUCUGUGUAGGUGUUCCAGAGAAGUGUGCUCAGAAGGUAAGCGCUGUGGUUGUCAGCGCGCAGCUUUGGUCGUCCUCCGUUGGGGCUGCGUUGGCUCCUCGCCGUCGUCCUCAGCUGCGGCAGCGUUCGCUUCUCGGGGCUUCGCCAUGGCUCAGCCGGGAGUACUGAACCUCAAUAACGAGGUUGUGAAGAUGAGAAAAGAAGUGAAGAGGACUCGAGUUUUGGUUAUUCGUAGACUUACCAGGCAUCUUGCCAAACUGAAGUCAAAAAAGGGUACUGAAGAUAUAUUAUCAAAAAAUCAAAGACGAAUACAACGAUUACUUGAGGAAAUACAUGCCAUGAAGGAUGUAAAGCCUGAUGAAGUAACUAAAUCUGCUCUUGAUGAUGAUAUCAACUUUGAAAAAAUCUGCAAAAAGCCAGAUUCUACGGCAACUGAAAGAGCAAUUGCUAGACUAGCUACACAUCCAUUACUGAAGAAAAAAAUAGAUGCACUAAAAGCUGCUGUCCAAGCAUUUAAAGAUGCAAGACAGACUGUUACUGAAGUUGAAUCAUUGAAGGAUUCUUCAGAAGAAAAUUACAAUGAAGAGACAGAGGUAAAGCUAAACUCUUCUGACAGUGUGAAUAAAUUCAAACACCAAGAAAAUACAGUAAAAAAGGAAGAAAAUGAUAAGACAUUGUCAAAGAAGCCAAAGACACUUGAAAAAAAAAUGAAUAAGAUGGAAGACAAACAAAAAACAGCAAUUCCUUCAAAGGUGCCAUUAAAACCUUCUCAAGAGCCUUCUAUGAUUGCUUUUCAAACUCAAAAAACAGAAGAAAAAAAUCUUGCUAUCACCAACAAGAUAAAUAGAGCAAAAAUUUCUACCAUCAUCACUAAUGAUGAGAGUGAUGAGGAAGAACAGAGUGAAGGAGAGGGGGAAUAUUUUGAUGAUAGCACAGAAGAAAGGUUUUACAAACAGUCUUCACUGUCUGAAGAUAGUGAGAGUGAUGAUGAUUUCUUCAUUGGAAAAGUUAAGAGGACCAGAAAGAAGGAAAAUAGCUGCUAUUCUUCAGUUAAGGAACAAAAACCUUCCAAAAAAGUGUCACCUGAAAAAGAAAAACUUGAGAGAUUGGAGAGUAUGGAGAAAAUUAAGCCAACCUCAAAAGCCAUGAGGCUAGAAUCAACAUUUUUUUCUUCUUUAUCUGAAAACAGAAGAAUAAGAAGAAAUGCCAGAGAACAGCUUCCUAAAAAUAGAAUUCCAGCUUUUCAACAAAAUGAACCUCAGAUCAAGAAUCACCUUGACAGGAGUAUUUUUAUCAGGCCUGAAAAUAAGAAGCAGCAAUUGCAGCAGCCCCUUCAUCCUUCUUGGGAAGCAAGCCGGAAACGAAAAGAACAGAUGUCUAAAAUUACAGUAUUUCAAGGGAAAAAAAUUACAUUUGAUGAUGACUAGUAAUGAUUCCUUUUGGUGAAUUUUUACAUUAGUUAAGAAGCUUUCCCUAUUUGUUUGAUCUAUUUUUCACUUUUUAUUUUUGUCUCUUUUUCUUUUGAUAAUUUUUAGAAAGCAAGAGAUUUUGUUUGUUUUUUUUUCUAUUUUGUUUUAAUUCCAGUAGUUUUAUAAAUUGAAUUUGUGUGUAUAUGGUGUACAUCUACUAAUUAAAUUACAUUUUAAAAUAAUAAUUACUAUAAUAAUGCCUGUAAGUAAAUUAGAUAUCAUGUUCUUGAAAAGUUUUCAUCACAUAACAUUUUGCUGUUUCGUAUUUAAAGAUAUUUUUGCAUUGUACUUUUGAUCUCAGAUUAUGCUGGUUUUAUUUAUUAUGAACAGUGUUCACCUGUUCAGCUGUCUCUUAAAAGCAAAUAUGGGGAUAUAUUGAAAAACAAUAUAAGACUUUGGAAAAUAAACUCAUUUCUUAAAAGAA